UUCUUUAGCUUCUUGGUGACAAUUAAAUCGACUUCAUGUCAACAGACUAAACUACCUCCCCAAGAAGAAAACAGAGUAAGUGUCUCUGCUCAAGAAGAAAAAUCUGAAAGGUUCACUUUGUCCUCCUCUUUUUAUUCUUUACCAUCACUUACUCUUUCAGAUUUUCCAAUUUAUAUCACUGAUUCUCACUUGGGUUCUGCUUCAAAAUCCCCUUUUUUUUUUUUCCAUUUCUUUAUAACUUUUCUGGAUUUGAGGCUAUAGUUUUUAUAGCUCUGUUUCCUCUGUAUCAGCAACUUAACAUUUCCAUUUUAUCUCUUUCAUUCUUCUUGCUUUUUAACACAAACCCGAUUCAAAUUUCCAUCUUUGGAUUCUUUCUGAGCUUCUUAUUUGCAAUUUUCAAACCUAUUGAUUAAGAUCCUUCUGGGAUUUCAGGAAUUUGAUAUUAAAAAAUAAAAAUCAAUCUUGCAUUUGCAUUGGACUCUGUUUUGAUUUGGAAAUUUAAAAGGCAACAAAAUUGCUAUAACAAUCAAAGGCAAUCAACUUUUUUUAGCAAUGAAUCCAUUGUAUCCAGUAAAAGAAGAGUACCUGGGAUCAAGUUCAUCGCAUCCGCCGAGGUCGCCGAUGAUGCCGCCACCACAGCCAAUGGAGGGCCUUAAUGAUACAGGUCCACCACCAUUCCUGACCAAGACCUAUGACAUGGUGGAUGACCCAACUACCAAUCACAUAGUCUCCUGGAACAGAGGAGGUGCCAGCUUUGUUGUGUGGGAUCCUCAUUCAUUCUCCACAAAUCUCCUCCCAAGACACUUCAAGCACAACAAUUUCUCAAGCUUUGUUAGGCAGCUCAACACUUAUGGAUUUAGGAAGAUUGAUCCAGAUAGAUGGGAGUUUUCCAAUGAAGGUUUUCUAAGGGGCCAGAGACAUCUUCUAAGAAACAUUAAGAGAAGAAAAGCACCUCCUCAACCUUUUCCUCCACAACAAGCUCUUGGUCCAGGUGUUGACCUAGGCAGGUUUGGACUAGAUGGAGAAAUUGAUCAUUUGAGGCGUGACAAGCAGGUUCUAGUGAUGGAAUUAGUGAAGCUUAGACAGCAGCAACAGACUACUAGAGCAUACCUUCAAUUAAUGGAACAAAGGCUACAAGGGACAGAAAAGAAGCAACAACAAAUGAUGUCCUUCUUAGCUAGAGCAAUGCAAAACCCAACCUUUCUCCAGCAGCUUGUCCAACAGAAGGAGAAGAGGAAGGAGCUAGAAGAAGCCAUGACUAAGAAAAGGAGGAGGCCUAUUGAUCAAGGACCUAGUGGUGGUAGUGGUGUCGGCCAAUCAAGCUGGGGUGGUGAAGGAUCAAACCAAAUUAAACUUGAACCUCUUGAGUUUGGGGACUAUGUUUUUGAAGAAUCAGAGCUUGAAGCACUUGCAAUGGAAAUGCAAGGAUUAGGUAGGGCAAGAAAGGUGCAAGAGGAAGGAAAUGAAGAGCUAAUGCCACCAGAGAGUGGAGAUAAAGAACUUGAUGAGGGAUUUUGGGAAGAGCUAUUCAAUGAGAAUUUUGAAGAAGAAUUAGGCAUACUAGAUGCUGAAGGAGGUGAAGAUGAAGAUGUUAAUGUCUUAUAGCUGAUCGCAUAGGUUACUUAAGUUCAAGACCAAAGUAGAGUAGCAGAACCUUUUUGUGCAUUGCUAUUCAUCCUCUUCAGUUCAUCGCCAUAAUGACCUUUUCCUAGGUAGCUUUAGAUAGUAGUUGGUUAGUGUCUCAUUUGGUGUAGUUUGGGUCUCUACAAACGUCAAUUGGCCAUAACAUUGAUCUGCAUUUCUUACUAUCAACAGGACAGGAGAAGUAACAAGCAGUGUAGCCAUGGAAAUUAUUGGCGUUUCUAAACUCUAUUAAUUCCUGUUGUCUUUUUUGUUCUUGUACAUCCCUACCUCUUAUUUUGCUCUAUCUUGGUUAGGUUGCAGGCAUUGCUUGGACAGAUCUUUGGUUCCUAUCAUGUUUGUCUCAAGGUUCUUGUCCUUAUUUUUUCACCUUCUUAAAAACCCAUCAUUCAAUGGGUGAUGCAUCAAAUUUCAUUUAUUGUAUCUGCAUCUUGUAAUAUAUAUUCUUGGCCUCAAAUUAAUGUAGAUUGUUCAGAAGCUGUUGAAAUUGGACAAGGUGUACCUGCAAGCUUCAAGAACCACAACUGAAUAUUGCUUUUGAAUCCAAAUGGCAGUUGGUAGUUAUCUUUGUCGGUUUGAUAUUUCUGUGUCUUUGGGUUGCCCUUUUUGUUUUAGAAAGAUAGAGAGAUUUGGUCGGUGAUGAAUAUCUUGAUGUUACAUUUGUAGUUCCUUGUAGAUUUUUCCAAGUCAUGGCAAUUUGGUUCUCAUCAGUCUUUUUCCAACAGCUAUGGGCUCUCAAGUGGUAACCUAUUGCUCUCUUUAUGCCAUAACCAAACAAAUUUGUUCUUCAUGGUUUUAUUUAUUUUGUUAAUGUCCUCCAGAUGAAUACAGGAGUGAGUGCUAAAAGUUAAAUGUGGGCUCUCAAGGGGUAACCUAUUGCACUCUUUAUGCCAUAACCAAAGAAAUUUGUUCUCAUGAUUUUAUUCAUUUAUUGAUAUACUCCACAUGAAUACAAGAGUGAGAGCUAAAAGUAAUAUGUGGACUCUUAAAUGUUAACUUAUUGUUAUAUAUGUCAUAACCAAACAAAUUUGUUCCUAAUGAUUUUAUUCAUUUUGUUGAUGUCCUCCAGAUGAAUACAGGAAGUGAGAGCUAAAAGUAAAAUGUAAGCUCUCGAAGGGUAACUUAUUGUUAUAUAUAUCAUAACCAAACAAAUUUGUUCCUCAUGGUUUUAUGCAUUUUGUUGAUGUCCUCUAGAUGAAUAUAAGAAGUAAGAGCUAAAAGUAAAAUGAGGGCUCUUAAAGGGUAACCUAUUGUUAUAUAUGUCAUAAUUAAACAAAUUUGUUCCUCAUGGUUUUAUUCAUUUUGUUGAUAUCCUCCAAAUGAUCAUACAGAUGUGAGAACUAAAAGUAAAAUGUGGGCUCUCAAAGGGUAACCUAUUGUUAUAUAUGUCAUAACCAAACAAAUUUGUUCCUUGUGGUUUUAUUCAUUUUGUUAAUAUCCUCCGGAUGAAUUCAAGAAGUGAGAGCUAAAAGUAAAAUAUGAGCUCUCAAAGGGUAACCUAUUGUAAUAUAUGUCAUAACCAAACAAAUUUGUUCCUCAUGGUUUUAUUCAUUUUGUUGAUGUCCUCCAGAUAAAUACAAGAAGUAAGAGCUAAAAGUAACAAGUGGGCUAUUAAAGGGUAACCUAUUGUUAUAUAUGUCAUAACCAAACAAAUUUGUUUCUCAUGGUUUUAUUCAUUUUGUUGAUGUCCUCCAGAUAAAUACAAGAAGUAAGAGCUAAAAGUAAAAUGUGGGCUCUCAAAUGGUAACCUAUUAUUAUAUAUGCCAUAACCAAACAAAUUUGUUCUUCAUGGUUUUAUUCAUUUUGUUUGCCCUCCAGAUGAAUACAAGUGAAAGUUAAAAAUAAAAUAUGGGCUUUCAAAAUGUAACCUAUUGUUAUAUAUGUCAUAACUAAAAAAAUUAAUUUGUUCCUUAUGAUUCAUUUUGUUGAUUUCCUUCAUAUGAAUACAGGAAAGAGUACUAAGAGUAGAAUGACUUCGUUGAAGUGCAGAUUAUGAUUCUUUCUACAAUGCUGUUGCUGCCUCUAAUACAAAAUGCAGUAUAUUUGUCUGCAAUAUAGAUUUCUUUAAGUAAUGAGUGAGACUUUAUGCAGUAGGUAUUAUAAGUUGAGAUUUGUAACAAAAACUGGUCCCAUAUCCUUGGUUUUCUGUACCUAACUCUAUAUGUGCUGCACGUGCAAUUGAUUUCUGGGUAGCAGUGUGAGCUAAUAUUUAUAUACCCCAUUUGUUCAUCA